AUGGCAUCAAAAACUCAUCCAGAACCAAAUAAUCCAUUCCUCACGGAAAUCUCACAGAUCGAACAAAGUAUCGCCAAUAUUCAAAAAAACAUAACACGUAUCAAAGACCUUCAAUCGCAACUUUUAAUAUCUACUUCGGCUUUUCAAACAAGAUCAUUCGCGAGUGAACGUGAUGAUUUACUCAAUUCCACGAGAACAUUAUUAUUCCAUGUGAAGGAUCGUAUUAAAAAGAUUGAAUAUGAAAAUACGCGUAUCUCAUCGACGAAUCCUGAGUUUGGAUUACGUAAACAACGACAUCAAUAUCUUAAAGAGAAAUUUACAAAUAUUCUCGAAGAAUACCGUGGACUCGAAGAUCAAUAUAUGCGUCAACACAUGGAACGCUUAGGGAGACAAUAUCGAGUAGUGAAUCCCGAUGCAACAGAAGCAGAAAUUAGUAAUUACCUAGCAAACCCAUCAAAUGAAGCUGUAUUUCAACAAGCUCUACUUAGAACCGGUGAAGCGCGUGAAGCAUUAGCAGAAGUGCAAAAACGUCACGAAGAUAUUAAACAAAUUGAAGCGACAAUCGCGGAAUUGGCUCAACUAUAUCAAGAGAUGCAGCUGCAGGUUGAGGCGCAAGAUGAAGCUCUGAAUUAUAAUAGUAAUAAUGCAAGCGCUCCUACUGUUACUGUCACGAAAUCUUCUACCCCUUCUACGACCGCAUCAGCUGCUUUCCCUUCAAAAACUUGA